AUGAAACAUAUGGAGAAAAAAGAGAAGCAAAAGAGUGUAGAUACCGAAGUUACCGAAAUAUCGCGCCUGAUUAAAUUGUACGAAGAGGCCAACAGUUGGUUUACUAAAAGGCAAAUCCUGUCAGUAUUUGUAAACGAUUUCUCUAAAGCACAACUUCAGCUGCUUAUUCCUGGAGUAAGCAUUUGGGCGAUAGAUGUGGCAAGAAAGCAUGCCGCUAAGGUGGGGGUGGGUAAACCAGUGCCACAGAUGGAGGCCAUUACACGCGCAAGACUGGAUCCAAGCAAAGUAGACCAUUUUCUAGAUAUUAUCAGCAGACCAAAUUUCGUGCAAGAUGCUGCGUACGGAACAAAAACGCUAAAAUUGUCCAAUGGGGAGAAGAUGGAGAUUCCAAACGUGGUUAGGACAGUUAUUGCUUCAAGGAUUGUGGACUUAUACCAGCAGUACUGUCAGGAAACCGGUUUCCUUUCACAUGGGAGGUCAACCCUCUUCAUAGCCUGCGUAGCUGGCGGUAUUGUGUAGUAGUCGAGUGAGAUUUGGCGGCGGAGCCGGGAGAAAUACCGCCUGCCAGAGAACCAUGAUUUUUCGAAUGCCGCCCAAUUUUGUCACCUUAGCUGCUCCCAAUUAAAUCAGCCAAUCAAAGAGAAACCUGCGAUUUGAAACUUCCGAUUAUUUUCGCGGGAAACAGUUUAGAAAUAAGCAUUGACAAGCUAAACACGACUCCUAAGCUCGUGAUAAUGUGAAACGUGACCUUGUGAGUUUGCUUGAACAGAGGUUUUUUUUUACUUUCUCGGCUGUCACGCGAAGGUUACUAGCACUACACAGUGCAUGUAUCAUUCUAAACUUUGACUGAGUAAAUCUUUUUUUGCCACACUAGGCUUAACAUUAAAAUGUCAUGAAGCUGGUUUGUUACAUGCAUACUGAGUAACCAUUUCCUGUGGUUUAUUCUUCUGUGAGUGUUCCUGAUAGGAUUUUAUCUCAGAUGCAGUUGAAAAGUGUUUUAAUUUUCUUUGACCUUUGUUUCUUACGGCUAAAUAAAGACAAUUCCAGCGCAUUGAAGUUUAAAGACGCCGUUUCGGCAAUUUGGUCAUCAAUUAUGCUCUUUUUAAAGGGGAAACCACAAUCACUUACGUCUUUUCCAGUUUGCUAUCUGUUCCCUUAAUUGGGAAAUAUAUGCGAAGGAUCAUCUAACAUGUCUGACAUAUGUAUGGCCCUCGACCAAUCCGUUUUACCGCACACUGGUGUGCGGACUUUUCAAAAUACCGGGGUUUUCUGGCAGGCGGUAUUUCCACCGCCUCGUCCCUACUCCCUUUUUUGGAACACGGCUCCGCCGCCAAAACUUUAAUCUCGCACCCACACAAUACCGCCAGCUACGCAGGCUACCCUCUUUAGUGUUUUACAGGUGCGUAUCAAAACAAAAUCAUGGUUCAAAAUCAGAAGAAGAGCGAAAAAAGAAAGAAUUUUUUUUCUUUUUUAAAUUCUGUUAUUUCAUUUAGAUAUCACGAAGAUAUCAUUAUAUGCAUUGUAGCUCAUUGUGUCAUGUUUCUUAGUUUAAACUACUUCUUCGGCUUGGUUAACUGAAAAUUACUUUAGCCAUAUAGGUGGGGAUUAUAAAAGAGCAAAAGUUCUGGAUGAGAAAAGCAGUGAAAUUUGAACACGAGGAGAAAAAUAUAACAAAAUGUCAUUAUUGUAUAGACUUGUGCAGCAUCACAAAAGAAGUCUUUGGCAGGACUUGACAACAUCGAUGCAGAGGGAUCGCAAGCCUUCGAUACACUCGAAGACGUAGUAAACAGGUUAGGAAAGUUAGGUAAGCUCAGGUUGAUUUAAGUUUUGUCCCGGGGAGGCCUGUAUCUUCCCAUUUUGUUUCUAUAUAAUGCUAUUUUUCAGUGCACCUUUAACACUCAAACCACCCAACAUCCUAGGCCAAUUUAAUUUUUGGACUUUAUAUUUCUUCUUUAAGGCUUGUGCGGCUUUAUCUUAGAUAGUAGUAAUUAAAAAAAGGAGUGGUAACAUUAGCGUGCCUUUUUAAAGGUAAAAGUUAAGCUUCCUUAAGACAAACUUCAAGAUCCGCGUUUCUGAAGAAAGCCAGUGUGCUGAUCAUUGCCGGGUAUUUGCGUUGUCUGACCCUGAAGAUCAUCUCUGUGAGCAUGAGCACACGAAAUCAUGUCAAAGCUGCGACAAUAUCAAGAAUGUUCUGGACGAAAUAUAA